AUGGCUUCUCUCGACGACAAAACCGUCCACGAGGCUCACGCCGAAGAUGUCGAGUCGGGUCGCCCGUCCAAGGAGAUCACUGAGCGUAGAGCCAGUGUGAAGCAUGGCGAUCGAGCUCUUGCGAUCGUUGGAGACCAGCGCGUGGAGCUGACUGACGAAGACAACAAACGCAUCCGACGCAAGACCGACAAGGUCAUCCUCGUUAUCCUCGUCUGGGUCUACUUCCUCCAGAUCCUCGACAAGUCUGUCCUCGGAUACGGCGCUCUUUUCGGCCUCACCCAAGAUACCCACCUCACCGGCGACCAAUAUUCCUUUCUUGGAUCCAUUGCCCCCAUCGCACAGCUUGCUUGGCAGCCAUUCUCGUCCUUCCUGAUCGUCCGGGUACCCCAUCGUAUUCUCAUGCCGGCCCUUUGUCUCGGAUGGGGGAUUGCCCAAGCUUCAAUGGCUGCGUGCCAUGAUUAUAGCUCGCUCCUGGCAGCCCGUUUCUUCCUUGGACUGUUUGAAGCCGGCUGUUUACCACUCUUCAGUGUCAUUACCAGCCAGUGGUAUCGUCGAGCAGAGCAGCCAAUCCGAGUCGCAGCUUGGUACGGCACAAAUGGAGUCGCGACAAUUGCUGCUUCAGCAAUCUCCUACGGCCUGGGCCAUAUCCCUUCACAUGUCCUGCAGGAGUGGCAGAUCAUCUUCCUUUUCGUUGGUCUUGUCACCAUUGUCACUGCACCAUUUGUUUGGUAUUUCCUCGACAACGACAUCCCUUCUGCGCGGUUCCUGACGGAGCACGAAAAGGCCCAAGCCAUUGAACGCCUUCGUGCCAACCAAACCGGCACAGGCAACCGCGAGUACAAAUGGGACCACAUUAUCGAACUGGCGCUGGAGCCCAAGACAUAUCUCUGGAUUGGACUUUCUCUCCUGCUCAACGUGGGCGCUGCGGUCACCAACACUUUCGGCCCGCUCAUUCUCCAAGGUGUUGGCUUCGACAAAUACAAGACCUCGCUGCUCAACAUGCCUUUUGGUGCGAUGCAGUUGAUCGUCAUCCUUCUCGCCUCCUACGCUGCUCAAAAGGCCAAGCUCAAGUCUUUCGUCCUCGCAGGUCUCAUGCUGCCGGUCAUUGCCGGUCUAGCAGUUCUCUACGUUCUCCCGCGUACCUCAGGCUCUACUGCAGGCCUCUUGGUGGCCUAUUAUCUGCUCGCGUUCCUUUUCGGCGGCAAUCCACUCAUCGUUUCAUGGAUUGUUGGCAAUACUGGAGGCAGCACGAAGAAAUCCGUCAUCAUGUCCCUCUACAACGCCGGCUCCAGCGCCGGCAACAUCAUUGGCCCGCUGCUUUUCAACAAGAAAGACGCACCUGCCUAUCAUCCCGGCCUGCGGAAGAUUCUGGCAAUCUUCGUGACGAUGUUUGUUGUCAUCUUCAUUCAGUUGGCGAACCUGAUCUUCCUGAACAAGCUGCAGUCGAGGAAACGAGUCAAGAACGGCAAGUCGGCCAAGAUCAAGGACCAUUCGAUGGAGGACAAGUACGUUGCUAUGGACGAGACUGAGAAUGGCCAGCGGCUGGGUGAGAAUGCAUUUUUGGAUCUCACGGAUGGUAAGAACGACGAGUUUACGUAUCUUUAUUGA